GACGGAUUGCGAAACUAUUACUUUAUAUCAAAAUAAAUUAUUAAUUCGGUGCUUAAAUAUGAAGUCAAUUUAAGAGCAGCAUUUGCCAGCGCCACAAACAACUUGCAGAUUGCAGUAGUAAGUAGUAAGUUACUGCAGCAACUGCGCCAAAUGUGCGCGCGUUUUUUUUGCUUGGUGCCGUCGCAUCGUCUUGUAAAAAAAAGUGCCACAUUUUAAAAGUUGAACUGUUGAAGAAUGGCAGCAAUUAACUCCAAUACGGUGCAUAAGAUCAACAACAGCUACGAUUCGGAGCCAUCCACGGGCAGCGGGUCUUCGCUCAGUGAAAACAAUGAGGGCCAAAUAUCUGACGAGGAGAACAUGAAUCUACCAUAUAUGCUAAAGCCAAAAACACUGAGCACAGACAAUGCCACCAAAUCGAGCGCCCCGGGGGGCAGCCAGGAGUCGCAAUUUCGUGGCUUCGGCGACAGCCCGUAUGGCCAGGUGAAUAAACAGCUUUACGGCUCGCAGCUGCAGCAUCUGAAGCUGCCGGAGCUGGACCCGCCUGCCAAGCACCGAUCCCCGGGCAUGGUUGUCUUUCCCAGGUUCUAUGAGAGCGUCUUGGAGGAAAACAGCUGCAAUGCUGUCGAUAUGCCGCCGGCCUCAAUAGCUGCACCCAUAACAAAACCAAACACAGACAACUUGUCCUUUGAUGGCAAAAUCAAAAGUCUGACUGAGGCGCCCAGCAGCUCUCGGCUGCCCACUGUCCCGGAAAGUGCUCCACAGCAGCAACAGCAGCUGUCAGAAUCAUUUAUAUUCAAAAAAAUGAACAACGAACGCUCGCCUGAUCUGUUCGCCGAGAGUGAUGAAGAGGAGGAGAAUGGCGACAACCAAACCGAUAAGGGACUGGGCACAACGCUUGAGGACCUGCCCGAGGUGCUGGAGGAGAGCCAAUGCGUUAGCGAGGCGCCAGGUCCGAGUCACAAUACCAGCGCACGUUACUCUCUGACAGCGCCCACGGAAUCCAGUUUCGUGGAUGAGCACACGCUGGACACGCAGCUAACCGGCAGCGAUACUCGCACGCAUUUCAUCGAGAAUUGUCGGCGGGAGCGUGAGCUCUAUCGUCGCAUCAGGCGCUGUUUGCAGGGUGUGCGCCCGCCGCCCACAGUGACCACGCCCGACAUCGAUGUCAUCAGCACCGUGGUGAACAUGAAGGAGAAUGUGCUCAACUUCUUAACCUCGCCGUCCAGCAUUGAGGACAGUGGCAUCUGUGCCACGCCCUCGCUUUUCAAGCCCACGCACAGCCUGGCCGAAGCGCAGGGCAUGAGCUGGCGCGAGGUGCUCGGCGUGCGCCAGCAUGGACUGAGCUACAACCUAAACAAGGCGGCCGAACAAAAUGAAUACCUCAGUUUGUCCGUGGUGGAGCGUUAUGUGGGCGCAGAGACGGCCACGUCCUAUGUGCGCUCGCCGUCGAGUGCCAAGAAGCGCAACAUGCGCAUGAAAAUGCUGACGAAGUCACCAGGAAAUCGGCUCAGUCACUUGGCCAAACGGCGUGCCAUAUUUUCAUCGGCAAAUCUGGCGACAAACUCCAACAAACUGAACAGUUCCAUCGGCCCGCAGAUACUACUCGAUAAAAAAAAAGAGCGCAACAAGCGGAAAGCAACACCAAAACGCAAAACGCCGGGAAGCAAAAAGAAAUCUCGGAAAACACCGUCCUCCUCGGCUCGCAAGCGCCUCUUUCGCACCGAUCUCAUCAAGCCGGGUCCGUCGCGCGAGACCUCGAAACGCGCGCUGUUCCAAAGCCCGGCCAAGUCGCUGCAACAGCAGCAGCAGAAACUUAUGCCGCCCAAGCCGCUCUUCAAGCCGGAGAUAGCCAAUCGCGUGGAGAAAUCGAAGCGUGCGCUCUUCUCGCCCGACAACGGCAGCCAGUCAAGCGCUGCGUGUGCCACCAGCGUUAGCAGUCAGCUGGAGACGCUGCUCAAGCGCAAACGUAACGCUCACGACGACGACGAAGACGCCGCCGAGCUAGCCAGCCAGAGCAGCAAACUGUUCCGUGCCGGCGGCGCAGGCGGCAGCGGUCUUACGCCGCGCGCCCUCAAAAUAAAGAGUCAGAGCUUUUGCAUUGGAGCUGGUUCCUCCACAGCAGGUCAAUACAAGGCGGCCGCCAGCGUGCAGCAGCCCAGCUUCGCCGGCAGCGCCAGUCGGCUAAGCCUCGGUCUGAGCGGCAGCAGCAGCAAUUUGGUCGCAGGCAGCAAAACGCCAGCCGGCAGCAAAUUGUUGCGCGCCCAUUCAGAAAUGAGUGCCACGCCGCAGAGCGCCAUGACGGAUAAUCAGCGCAAGAAACUGCUGUGGGCUGUGUCGCAGGCGCUGCAGGACAGAAGAAUAUCAGUCAAGCACGAGAAUUUCCGGCAGCAUGCGGCGGACUUGGCGCGCAUUGUCAAGCGCAUCUUUCAGGAGUUCCAUCAGGGGCACACGACAAGCAACAGCGAGACCUUGCUGCGCCUCGCCAAGAAGUAUGCCUUCAGCGUGAUAGCCGGCAAGCAGCCGGACGACAUCUACUUACAGGCGCGCAUCCAAGAGAGUGAAGCGAAACGACAGUCCAACACGCGCCUGUCGGGCUACAUUGGACCCGAGGAAUUUGCGCAGCGCAAGCUACUCUUAUCGCAAAGCUCCACGCAGUCGCUGUCGCAGAUGUCGUUGGCGCACAGCAAGGCUGACGGUUCCAUGCAGAACUUAUUUGGCAGCGAGAACUCUAUUGACUCGUUCGGCUUCAGUCAAACGAGUCAGAGCAACGGCGCCUCCAAUCCGGCUACGCAGUCCAGUUUCAUGGAACGCAUCUCGGAGGAUCUCUUCUCUAAGCAGCAGCAGCUGCCCAUACAGGCCAAUCCGUCGUUGCAGAACAGUUCAUCCAAAAGCAAUUUGGGCGGCCUGGCGUUGCGCGAGAACGUGCACUGCGAGCAGCGUCGUUCGGCGCAAAAGAAUUUCACCGGGAAGGAUCAGCGCAAUAUCAGUCCCUACUUUGGUGGCGGCAACAGCAACGGUUCGGCACGCAAGUUCCAAGCGAACGCAGCCUCCAGUGGCGGCGACUCCGGCGCCAAGGCGAAGCGUCAGAUUACCUUCGAUAGCUAAAAUUUUAAUCAAAACUAUU